CCGGGCGCCGGAGCGCGCGGGAAGGAGGCUUGGGUAGAGAGGUCUGGCCUGCUUGCUCUGGGAGACUUGAUGAGUGACCCACCUCAGACUUCCAACCUCAGAAACCACGGCGUCCGCUCUGGGCCCCCGGCGCCAUGGGUCGGAUCUCCGGGCUCGUGCCCUCUCGGUUCCUGACGCUCUUGGCUCACCUGGUGGUGGUCAUCACUUUGUUCUGGUCCCGGGAAAGCAACAUCCAGGCUUGCCUGCCUCUCAAGUUCACCCCCGAGGAGUACGAGAAGCAGGACAACCACGCAGUCCGGAAACCCUGCUCCGACCCGCUUUCUCCCCGCAGGCUGCUAGCGGCGCUCUGUCUCACCCUGGGCCUCUUUGCAGUGGAGCUGGCUGGCUUCCUCUCAGGAGUCUCCAUGUUCAAUAGCACCCAGAGCCUCCUCUCCAUUGCAGCCCACUGUAGCGCGGCCGUGGCCCUAUCUUUCUUCAUAUUCGAGCAAUGGGAAUGUACCACGUACUGGUACAUUUUUGCCUUCUGCAGCGCCUGCCCCGCUGUCACUGAAACUGCAUUAUUCAUUGCUGUCUUUGGGCUGAAAAAGAAACCCUUCUGAUCACAACCCGGAUGUAGGGACCAAAGCUGGAAAAGUGAUGAGCUUCCUCCCAUUGCUGGAAGAAGAAAGGCGGAGGCUUCGGAUUUCUCUCGCCCUAGUCCUUUGCUCCCCCCUACUGCAUCUAAGCAGAGGAUGGCAGUGUUGGCAUAAGAGCUCUCAAAUAUUGGAUUAUUUUAUUAGAGUUUUGUAAUAAAAUUCAUUUUAUAAUAAGA